AUGUUCGCCGUCUGUCUCCUCGGCGUUGUGGCUCUAGCAGUUCUGGUCAAUGCCAGCCCCAUCGCAUUGGCCCCCCGCGGCCCCUCGGGCGACAAAACUGUCAUUGUGCAGAUGUUCGAAUGGUCAUGGGACAGUAUUGCUUCAGAAUGUACGAACUUCCUAGGGCCAGCCGGUGAGGCACUUUACCGCGUGUCCUCCUUCCCAAUACUAACCCUAGUCAAGGCUACGGCUUUGUACAGGGUAAAUGCAUAUCAGUACUUCACUGAUUACACGCAAGCUAAAGACCUCCAAGCGAGCCCCGCACAGGAGACCAUCACGGGUGAUCAGUGGUGGACGGACUAUCAACCUGUCUCGUACACCUUGACGGGUAAAAGAGGUGAUCGCGCCUCCUACCAGAAUAUGAUCGACACCUGCCACGCCGCCGGUGUGAGGAUCAUUGCAGACGCAGUCCUCAACCACAUGGCGGGCGUGGAAUCCGGAACUGGGACAGGCGGGACGAGUUUCACGCACUAUAACUACCCCAACCUCUACCAGUACCAAGACUUCCACCACUGUGGCAGCGCCGGUGACGACAUCGCGAACUACGACAACCGUACCGAGGUGCAGACAUGCGAACUCACCAACCUAGCCGACUUGAACACGGAGUCCGACUACGUGAAGGGAAAGCUCGCGGACUAUGUGAACGACCUCCUGAGCCUCGGCGUGGACGGGCUACGCUUGGAUGCUGCGAAGCAUAUCGCCGCGGACUCGUUGGCGGAUAUUACAAGCCGCUUCACCGGCUCGCCCUACAUCACCUCCGAGACCAUCUAUGGAGCUGGUGAGCCGAUCCAGCCGUCGGAGUACACCGGCAUCGGUGAUGCGCAGGAAUUCCGCUACACAUCGACACUGCAGGGUGCGUUCACGAGCAACGGCAUCUCUGGUCUGCAGGACUUGGACAACCAGGGGUGGGUGGCGGGUGACAAGGCGAACGUGUUUGUAGCCAACCACGAUACCGAGCGGAACGGGAACUCGCUGAACUACAAGUCCUCGAACAACGCAUACGUCCUUGCGACGAUUUUCUCUCUGGCCCACCCGUACGGGACGCCGACAGUCCUCUCGAGCUACGAGUUCUCCGACACUGAUGCCGGUGCGCCUAACUCGGGCGCGGGGACGUGCUCAGGCACGGGCGGCGAGAACGGCUGGUUGUGCCAGCAUCGCUGGAUUGCGUUCGCCGGGAUGGUCGGAUUCAGGAAUACCGUUGGCUCCGCCGAGAUCACGAACUGGGUCUCCCCUGGUAACCAGCAGAUCGCUUUCGGUCGAGGCACCAAUGGGUUCGUGAUAAUCAACAAUCAAAACUCCGAGUGGUCUGGGACGUUCACGACCUCCCUCGCCGCGGGGACGUACUGCGACGUCAUUUCUGGAGGCGUUUCCAGUGGGGCAUGCAGUGGGACUUCGAUUACUGUUGCGUCGGACGGCACGUUCUCCGCAACCGUUGGCGCGUACGAUGCUCUGGCGAUCCACACGGGAGCUACUGCGUGA